AGCCUGUUGAAUGCACACUUAAACAAUCGCGCUUCAUGCGGGGGUUUACCCAUGGCUUCACGCUCGAACCAACCAGUGACGGGAGUGCAUUCUACGGCCGCGGUCGAUCAUUUCAGUUAAUCACAUUAUAGCCCCAAAGUAAGACGCAAUCAAACCAUCAUGUCAGCAAAUUUGUUCUCCCGUCUGGACCCGUUCGACUGCCAGAAGGGUGAUUUCGAUUACUACUUGGAGCAGUUUGACCAUUAUCUGGAUUUGAACUCGGUCGAGGAUGAGGGCAAAAAAGUGCCCUUGUUCAUCAGCAGCAUCGGCCAGGAUGCCUACAAAAUUCUGAAGGAGACAUGCGCUCCCGCGGACCCCAAGGAGAAAUCAUUUGAAGAGUUGAAACGCCUACUGCUGGAGUACUUUGCCCGGCGAGAGUUCUACCGACGCAAUCAACGACCUGGCGAGUACACCGGAGCCUACGUGAACGAGCUGAAGCGGCUGUCGCUCAAGUGCAACUUUGGCGCUUUCGUACAUGACGCUUUGCGCGAUAGAAUCGCGUGUGGAAAGCUUCCAGAUGAUAAGACCUCGGCGACUCCCGCCGCUGCUCCAAGCACGUCCAAAGGCCAGACCCAGCCGAAGUCGAGUGUUCCCCAAGUGGUUCAAGAGGUGGCGGAGAAGAAAACAAAAGCCAAGAAGACCGUUGCCGUUGAAUCGAGCUCUGUCGUCGUCAGUCCGGGAGAGCAGCAGCAAAAGCAACCGAAAGGACCCAAACCGCAGAAAGGUCCGGCAGGUCAGCAGAAGCAGCACAAGUGUAAAAUUUGUGGACAUGAACACAAGGAAGCCGAAUGUCCCCACAAGGAUGCAUCCUGCUUUAUGUGUCGCAAGAAGGGCCACAUUGCGUCGGUGUGCAAGGAGAAGGCCAACAAGGCCCAGCAGCAACAACAACAACCGGUGCAGGUUCAUGUGCAUGUUCAACAAAAUACCGGGGUGAAAAAUUAAGGUGUAGAUCGCUUUGGAGUGUCACAGAUAAACAUACGUUACAAAACAUUGCAAAAUAAUUUUCUAGUUUUAACACUAACAGUCUCGUAAAAAUUUGUAGUUUAUACUAAGGUACAAGGUUUUCAGAAAAUAAAAAUAGUGGUUCCGAUGAUCACUUAGUACUUUGCACUUUGUGAUGUAUAAUAUAUUGACUGAAAAUGUAAUUUGACGCUUGCUCACUCGCAACGAACAUUCAAAAGCAAAUUCUCAAGUCUUCAUUUGAACUUUGUACUUUGGCAUUUACUAGUUCGUGUAGUACAUGACACUACACUGAAUGUAAGUUUUGAUAAACUGGAAAUAUAUUAUUUUUAUUUACUUCUACUAAGUGUCACAUCUAUUUGUAUGCGAAUGUAUGUAGAAUUUAAGGUGAAUUAGUAGUAUUUACUGGUAAUCAGGGUCAAUGAAAAUUUAAAUAAAAUAAAACAUACAUUUGA